UACCCCCUCCAAAACACACACAAACAAACAAACUCACUUCUAGCUACUUCUUGUUCUUCUUGUGAAUAAGAAUUAAUGUCAGGGGUUUGGGUUUUCAAGAACGGGGUGGUGAGGCUGGUAGAGAACCCUGGAGGUGAAGUGGUAGAAGGAAGCAGGCAAGGUUCAAGUGUAAGGCGCAAUAAUAAGGUGCUGAUUCACACACCAACCGAUGAAGCCAUCACUUCCUAUGCCGUUCUCGAGCGCAAGCUUUACUCACUCGGGUGGGAGCGCUACUACGACGACCCUGACCUCCUUCAGUUCCACAAACGCUCCACCGUGCACCUCAUCUCCCUCCCCAAAGAUUUCAACAAGUUCAAGCCCAUGCACAUGUAUGACAUAGUUGUCAAGAACAAGAACGUUUUCCAAGUUAGGGACAUGUAGUUGUAGUAGUUGUAGUAGUAACAUAUCAUAUUUUACCUGCAUGUUUUGAUUUGAUUUUACAUGAGAAGUUAUAUAUGGGAGUGGAAUUUACUGUGUGUUGAUGAGUUUAUGUUCUGAUUAGUGUCGUUUAUAUGUAGGUAGGGUCUGAUUUAUCAUUGGGAAGGAUUGAUGGGUGUCAUUUAUGAUUUGUGCUUCUGUAAAAUUUUACCUGUUUCUGCAAUCAAAACACUAAAAAAAAUUAAUUAUUUUAUCAA